AUGAGAGUCAAUUUUAUUUUAUUAUUAUUAGUAUAUCUAUCACAAAUUGUUGAUUGUUCGGAUAUAUAUUCGCUUUUUACAUCAAAUCCAAAUGAAUUUACAAAUUCUCAACAAGAGUUAGACGAUAAUGAUCUUGAUAUGUCGUCUGUGUGGACAAAUUCGACACAAGAUUUAAAUAUGAUAAUAAAUGAAAAUACAAAUAAUACUCGAAUAACUCAACAUUUUUAUCGUUUUAUGUGGAUAAUAAUUUGUGCAUGUGCAUCACUAUUGACAAUAUCUGGAAAUUUAAUUGUUUUAAUUACAUUUAGAAGAGUAAGAAAAGUUGGCAAUUUGUUUAUAUUGAGUUUAGCUACAGCCGAUCUCAUUGUUGGAUGCUUUGUGAUGCCAAUUGCUGGAAUUUAUGCUAUUAUGGAAAGUUGGAAUAUGGGCCGUGUACUAUGCCAAAUAUGGUUAUCCAUCGAUUUUUCUGCUUCUACAGCCAGUAUUUUCAAUUUAUUAACAUUAAGUUUAGACCGUUAUUGGUCAAUAAUAUCACCAUUACAGUAUUUAGGAAAACGAACUCAAACAAGAGCAUUAUUCAUGAUCGGUUUUGCUUGGGGUCUCUCUAUCUUGUGGAUUAUACCUGUCAUCGGAUGGCAUAAAUUCACAAAUGAAGGAAUCAGAGACGUACAUGAUAAUCAAUGUGAACCCGAAUAUACUCGUAGUAAAGUAUUUAAAGUAACAACAGCAAUUAUUAACUUUUACCUUCCACUCGUCGUUAUGAUGUUAUUGAAUGGUCGAAUCUAUUAUGAAAUUAAACGACGAUAUAAAAAUGCUCUUCUAAACAAUAAUUCCUAUACAAAACGUUCUGUAAAUGCAAAUGGUGUCCACAAUCGAUACAAUAGUGAUCGUGGUGGUGGUAAUAUUGAAAUUACAAGAUGUUCGGAUAGUGACAGGCAAUUGUGUACUAAAAAUUUAACCGAAAAUGAUAGUCUAACAAAAGCCAACCCAAAAAUAAUACCAAUGAAAAAACGAUAUCAGUCAACAAAUGCUCGUAACAGUAACAUUGAUAGUGAUAUGAGUGAUAAUAGUAUUUUAAGAAUUAACUUUAAAGAGAAACGAAAUUUGUUACUUAUGUUGAAACAAAAACCGCCAUCCUUAGCAUCAACAAGAACAAUAACAACCACUGCAGCUAUUAUUAAGCCAAUAAAAUACUCGACAAGACAAUAUCCAACGAUAGAUCAAAUCGCCACGGAACGUCGUGAUCGAAAUGGAAACUCGCAUCCAAAUAUUUAUUAUAAAAUCGAUCGACAGGAUUAUCCUUCGUCAUCGAACGGGUAUAAAACACGAAAAUUUUUUACUCGUGCCGAUAGCAUCGAGUCUAAUACGAACGAUCUUAUUACACGAAAUCAUGUCGGAAUACGAAAAGGUUUAAAUGUUGAUGAACGUUGUUUUAAACACACGUAUGAUUAUCAUUCAUGUAGAAUAUAUUCGAGUGAUGAGCAAAUAAAACAACAACAACAACGAUCGUCGCCUCGCCGACGAAAAAAGAUGAAUGGUCUUAGGUAUAAUAAACGUUGUGCUAGAUCAACAUCGAGCACUGGAUCUACAGAUACAUGUCGUCGUUGUUCUUUUUGUGAUCACCACCAUCAUUCAACAUCAUGUUUCACCUAUCACUAUCGAAACACGACCGCACCAGAUACAACAACCAGUACUCGGCAACGACAGUUGUUUUUUAAUUUAUGUCAGUGUACAAUGCGGGAAGAAGAACGCAAUAUAUUUACAAUUCAUUCAAAUCCGUUAGCCAUGACAUCGCAUGAUAGUAACAAUGUCGGAUUACAUCCACCAAUACCAUUAAUUGAUGAAGUUGACUCAUCUCGAAUGCGAAAGCGUUCACUUAUUUCUGUUGCAUCGCGUCAAAUAUCGAACUCUUCAACGUCAUCACUUUCACCAUCGACACGAACAUCACUAGUCAAGCCAAAACGUUUAUCGUCAUUUAGAAAACCGAAUAUUACCGCGAUAAACAUGUAUAGUGGAACCAGCGGAACUGCUUGCGUUAGCAGUGUCGGUUCGACAACAAAUAGUACGAGCGGUGUAAGGAAUGCUCGUGGUGGCAGUGGUAUAACGGGUAAACAGACAAUGUGGAAACAACAGGAAAAAGCAUUUCGUCAACUAAUCUUGAUUGUACUUGGUUUUAUGUGUUGUUUUCUACCAUAUUUCAUUUUGUAUAUGGUCGUAGCGUUUUGCGGAAAUUGCAUAUCAAAUCGUCUAAUAACAAUGUCCACCUGGUUAGGAUAUGCAAACUCAACAAUAAAUCCAUUUUUAUAUGCUCUCAGUAAUGAACAUUUUAGACGAACAUUUAAUCGAAUAUUAAAACGUGAUCAAAGAAGACAGUCUUAUUAUAAUUAA